AUGCAUUCCGAAACACACAUUAAAUAUUACAAUUAUAUUAUUAAAAUUAUAUUAUUUUUAAUUAAAGGAUUACAUAAUAAAGACGCUACAGAUCGUUUGGUUAAGUUGAUUGGUGCUAAAUAUAGAGCAUACGACAUUAUUUAUAAUAAACUACAGGACGGCGGCUACAAGGAGCCUCUAAAAAGUGUUCAUCUUGAAGAUGAAAAAGAUUUAGAAAAUGUUAAAAUUGUGGAACAGACUGAAACUGAUGUAAAAGCUUUGGAAGAGUCCAGAAAACUAGAAAAAUUCAGAGAAGAUAAAAAUGCAGAAAUUUCGCUUAUUAAUAUACUAAACGAAGAAAAGGAAAAAUAUUACAUGGAAAAUGUAACUAGAAAUAUUUUUAUGGGGGAGGAAAGUAGCUCAAGAAAUAUAAUAAUUGACCAUAGCAAAUUGGCAAUUAAAUUGGAAUUGAAGACAUGGUUUGAUGAUUAUUACAACAAAUCAAACAAGGUAGUAUCAGUGGGGUAUAUCAUAUCCCUUCACUCCUGA